UAAGUAGUAUUGGACAUAAUAUAUAGAAAAUUACUUAAGUGGAGUAUGAUUGGUGAAUCAAAGAGAAGGAACGAUACACACAUUUAAAAGGGAAAGUGAAAAAUAAUCACAACUGUUGCCAACGAUUAAUGUUCCCGAUCUGAAUGCCUCUUCACCGCCAUCGCCGACCUCUGUUGUAACGGAAUUACUAUUGAGUUGUGGAUCUGAGUUUACGAGUUUGAAUUUGAGGAGGUCAGUGGAAUUGUAUCAUUAAAGAAGUAGGAAGGAUGGUGUUUUGGGAGGGAUAUGUGAGUGAUGAAGCAAUGGGAACGUUUGCGCCGAUAGUGGUGUAUUGGUUGUACGCCGGGUUUUAUCAAAUGUUGUUGCCGGUGUUUGAUAAUUACAGGUUGCAUACGAAGCAAGAGGAGGACGACAAGAACUCUGUUUCUCUCGCUGUUGUGGUCAAGGGCGUUUUGCUUCAACAGCUCGUUCAAGCUACUGUUGCCCAGGGCCUCUUCUUGUUGACCUCAAACGCAGAUGCAUCUGGGAUCACAUCUCAGCCAUCCAUUCCUGUCCAACUUGUGCAGAUUGUCAUUGCAAUGUUUGUCAUGGAUACAUGGCAGUACUUUGUGCACCGGUAUAUGCAUCAGAACAAAUAUUUGUACCGCCAUGUCCACUCUCAGCAUCAUAGGCUGGUUGUCCCUUAUGCAAUUGGUGCCCUUUACAAUCACCCACUUGAGGGUCUCCUGCUUGACACCUUUGGUGGAGCCAUCUCUUUCCUUCUAUCAGGAAUGACAGCACGCACAGCUGUGAUCUUUUUCUGCUUUGCCGUAAUCAAAACUAUUGAUGAUCAUUGUGGACUGUGGUUGCCUGGCAACAUCUUCCAUCUAUUCUUUCAGAACAACACUGCAUAUCAUGACGUCCAUCAUCAGCUCCAUGGCACUAAGUACAACUAUUCUCAGCCAUUCUUCUCCAUAUGGGAUAAACUUCUUGGAACACACAUGCCUUACAAUCUUGUCAAGCGCCCUGAAGGUGGUUUUGAGGCGAGGUUAAAGAAAGACUAGUUGCAAUGUGACAAUUUGACUCUUACCAUUUCAGGCUUACUUCAUAUGGGAUUUUUUUUUUCCAACCAAGGUCGUGCCAUUCUUUAGAAGUUGAUUUAGAAUUGUUUGUUUGAGGCUUCAAAGCCUAGCGUUCUAGCUGGAGAUCAUGGAUUUAUCCAGUUGCUUGAUUUUGUUCUCCAAUCUCCAUGCAGUUGUGAUAACUUUGCCGACCAACCAUAUUAAUUGUAAUUGUGCUGUUUUGAUC